AACUUCUGAAUCAACAACUCACAUCUCUAACCCAAAAUCUUCCUAUCGCAAAUAAAAUGUCUAUGGAUACGGACAACAAUAUUGAAAUUUUAAUACAUUCAAAUGACAGUAACAUUCUUUCAGCUCGUGUGGAUCAAAUACAAGAAUUGAUGUUCACCUUUAGUUCAUAA